CCCACAGUUGAGUCUCAAGGUCGAAGAGUUACCACUCCAAAAUCAAGCAUCAAAAUUCAACCAAUGCUUUUCAAUACCAAGAUUCGCACUUUAAACUGUUUAAACUUCCAUUAGAUCUUUCUAGAAAUUAGGAACACUAAGAGAGAGAUAGAGAGAGAGAGAGAAUGGACUCCGAUCUGUCGCUCAUCGAAAUCGCCGGCGAUGAUGAUUCUCUACUUCAGCAGAUCCCCGGCGACGGCAUUUCGAAUCUCAACACCAAUCGCAACUUCGGCGCCGGCGACUACUUCCUGUGCUCUCCUCUGCAAGUCCCCAGGCCCAACGCCAAGCCAAUUGGAGCUACUGCGGGGAAUGAGGGUUUAGAAGAUACAAAGCAUUCAUUCUAUAGGGAUGGUGUGAAUAAAGAGAAUUUUAAUGUGGACAAAGCAGAAAUGCUGAAACUCAGUAUUGAGCCUCAACAAAUGAAGAGGAAGAAGAAAGGUGGCGGGUACAAUUUACGGAAGAGCUUGGCAUGGGACCGGGCUUUCUUUACUGAAGAAGGUGUUCUGGAUCCUAUGGAGUUAUCUAUGAUUAGUGGGAAUUUUAGCAAGUCUAAAGGAGAAACUUUGUCAGCUAUUCAGGAAGAAGAGACAAACUGUGCUAGUAAUUCCUCUGAUCUGCAGGCACUCGAAGAAAAUUUAUUCAAAAAGUUGCCAGCGACUACGUCAGAAAAAUGGAGUAAUGGUGGUACCUUAUUGCCGAAGAAAAGAAACAAUGAGGCUCCUAAUUCAGUGGCCACGUGCAAGGUGCUUUCAGCCCAUGAUGUCAACAGAAGGGGGUCAAAACGGAAUGGUUGCCCACGACCUGUGGCUUCGUCUUCAUAUCCUUUGCAUUAGGUUAUAUAUAGAGA